GACAAAACACUACCCGCCCGUUUUCGUGGUGUGUAAUCCACUAAUCCACUUACUGGUCCGGCCCAGAUCAUCGCAGAUUGAAACCCAUUUGUCCGACUGUAGCACAGUGUCAGCAAGGGGGGAACCCGUUCAUGUGCACCAAACCAACAGCAACGGCAAGUCAACAACCCGUUUGUGUCUGUUUCGUAGAACCGCACCGCACACCCUCGCCUUCGCCAUUCAUCAACCGGAGAAGCGCUGAGCUGCUGAUGCUCAUCCGCAGUCUGUUUUCGCGCGGCAAUUGUAUCUAAUUUAUCUCAGUUGACGAUCGACACAGGUCUCAGGCUGGUGUGUAUUUAGAGGAACAUGCACGUCCUUUGGAGGCUCAUUGCUGCGCUGUUCCUGACCUCGGUGGGAUUGUCUUCCGCAGUCAGGAUCGAAUCCAGCGGUCGGAUAGAUUUGGAAGAACGCGUCUCGGCCGGACAGUCUCUGCAGAAGGCAACGUACGUUGGCGAUGGUGCGCCGACGGCUCAUGCAAAAAUAGUGAAACGCGAUGCCACUAAUGGCGACUCGAAUGCGUCGUUUUGGGGUUGGUUAACUGGACGAGAAAACCCCGACCCGUGCAUGAUGGCAUCGGUGGGUGGCGUCGUCGGUGGAGGUGCUUUGACGGGCGCAUUUGUGGGGGCAGGAAUUGGCAGCAUAUUCACCGGACCGGGAACAAUCAUCGGGGCCUUUGUCGGUGGAAUUGCGGGGUUGUUCGGCGGGGUGAGCAUCGGUCAUCGGGCCGGGGCGGCAGUGUGUGAUAAGUCUUGUGGUAAUCUGGAUCAAAGAGUGCAGUGCUAUGCUUAAGAAUAAAGUGUGCAACCAAUUUGUUUUUAUAAUUCCCGCAUAUGCGCAUAAAAAUGUGAACGGGUUGGUCAUUCUCCGGAUGUUGUGUAAUCUCGUAGAGGCUCUUGAAAACAAACUGCUCAUAUCGGUUUGGACAUCAAAAGUACCGACCAACUGCAUUCAUAUGUUGAUGAAUGGGACCGCAACGGUUUUCUAGUUGAGAGAAUUGCUUUUGUAGAAUAUUUGUACCCCAGUAAAGUAUGUAUCUGUAA